CUCAGUACAGCUGGACUCUGAGUGUCUGUCCCAGGGAGAGAUGAGGGUGUCCUGCUCCUCUGAGGGAGGGGACAGUCCUCAGUACAGCUGGACUCUGGAUGGACGCACACUGACAGACGCUGAGCUCCUCCCAGGAAAUACUGAGACUAAGAGCAUCACUCUGAAACAACACGUCUCAGGACAACUGGUCUGCUCAGUCAGGAACGACGUCAGUAGAGUCUCAGAAGAAGAGAAGAUAUCUAACUGUGGCUUCAUAUUCAUCAACUGCACCUCAGACAAUGAGAUGCAUUCACAGUGGGUGUUUGCAGCCAAUAAUACUCUCUGUGUUGAGACAACAACAACUCCCAUGAUUACAGGAACUUCUGGUGUGGGAUCCACCUGUGAUGGCAGACAGGAUGGAAAACAGAGUAUUGAGACAACAACUCCUACCACAACGACAGAAACUGAUCACUCCCUGCUCAUAUGUGGUGUGCGAUCAGCUGUGGUGAUUCUUAUAUUAAUCGGGAUCACCGUCUAUUACGCUUGGAAGAAAAAGAAAAACAAGAUGGCCGAAGCCUCUGCCGUCCGUCGAAGGAUGUUGGAUCAAGAGAACUCUGUUGUGAUGGUUGAAGAGGGAAGUUCCUCAUAUGAGAACUUUAACGUUGUGAACACAACGUCUUAAUGAAGUCUGACUCUUUUCACAUGGUCACUUCACUAGUUUUUGACUUGGUGAAAGUGGGGCGGGUCCUUUACACUGAAUUAAUUCUAGAGAAAUGACUCUUGUUGUGAAGUGUUCAGGGCAGCGCUGCCUUAGGAAGCUGAUAAAGCACCGGAGGCCCACAGCUCCACAGCAGUUUAUCAUAAAGCAACAUGUGAUAUUGUGAAUGUGAAUGUGAUAAUAUUCAUAGUGCAACUUAUUUUGAUGCUAUUUAGAAAUGAAUGUACUGUACAUUUUUAAGAGUGUUGGUGAAUAGUGAAAACAAUUUAUCUCCAAAUGUGGUUUCAUUUUUAAUUUAGGAGUUCAUCGUUCUUUUAACGGUUGAAAACAUUCUUCCACUUUUUCAUGUCAAUCAGAUCUCUUAAAACU